AUGCCAAAUUGUCUGCAGCUGCAGAGGCGUGGUGGUUAUGACCUCAAGGCUGUCAUAGGCACGCAGGACGAGGCUCAGACCAAGGAACAAACCUACGAUACUGAUUCCGAGAUUGAGGGCGAGGACAAGAAGAAUGCCAAUGAUAAGAGGCAAAGGCAAAAUCAAGAUAGUGGCACGUGGACAAUCUCACCAUGCACGCAUUGUCUGUUCCCCAAGUGGACUUGCGUGCCCUACUGGGAUGGCCAAUGGACAUUCCAGUUGUUAUUUUUCUACAUGGAUUAA